AUGUCUAUCCGAUUAUGGGAUCUUAAGACAGGAUCACAAAAAGUCAAAUUAGAUGGUCAUACUCGUGCAGUUAAUUCAAUCUGUUUCUCUCCUGAUGGUAUCACAUUAGUAUCUGGUGGUAGAGAUAAAACUAUCCGUUUAUGGAAUGUUAAGACAGAAUCAUAAAUAGGUAAAUUAGAUGGUCAUACUAGUGAGGUUGAUUCAAUCUGUUUCUCUUCAGAUGGUACUACAUUAGCAUCUAGUAGUAGCGAUAACACUAUCCGUUUAUGGGAUGUUAAGACAGGAUAAUAAAAAGCCAAAAUAGAUUGUCACUAAUAUUCAGUUAGUUCUGUUUGUUUCUCUUCUGAUGGUACUAAAUUAGCUUACGACAACUUAGAUGAGUCUAUCUGUUUAUGGGAUGUCAAAAUAGGAUAAUCAAUGCUUGAAUUCAAAGGUCAUGAAGACCCAAUUAUAUCAGUGUGUUUCUCUCCUGAAGAUACUACAUUAGCAUCUGGUAGUUGGGAUAGGUCUAUCCGUUUAUGGGAUGUUAAGACAGGAUAAUAAAAAGCCAAAUUAGAUGGUCAUUCGAGUGUUGUUAGAUCAGUCUCAUUCUCUCCUGAUGUUUUGAUAACUCUAUCCGUUUAUGGGAUGUUAAGACAGGAUCAUAAAUAGCCAAAUUAAGUGAUCAUUAAAAUUCGGUUAAUUCUGUCUGUUUACUCUCCUGAUGGUACUACAUUAGCAUCUGGUAGUGCUGAUGAGUCUAUCCGUUUAUGGGAUGUAAAAUCUGGACAAGAAAAAUUAACUUAAAAUAAUCUGUAAAAAGAUACUCAAUUAUAAUCCAAAUCACCUAUUUUUACAGAAAGAACUUCACCUUAUGUUUCUAUACUUCACAUUUCCUAAACUCCUUAUGUAGAGGCGCAAGGAGCAUUAAUCCUGAAAGGAGACUUUGUUAAUUUUCAAGGUGUAGAUUUAAGUUAAUUAUUCAAAUCAAAAGGGAGUUUGAUUUAUAAAUGA